UCUCUUUAAAUUGCCUUUUGCAGUUAAUACUUGGAUAAAAGCUUCCAGAAAUGUACUCCAGUACCACACAGAAAGGCAGAGGCAACAGGCUGAAAUUGUGCAGACAGAAGAGAAGAUAUUUUCCAGCAGGUCAUCAAGGUCAAAGUCAUCUCCAUCACCAGGAUGCUGGCUGUGUCUCUACUUGUUUUCGCCAUGGUGGCUCUGACCAGGGCUACUCACCGUGACACGGGGGAACAGAUGGAGGCUGUGGUGACGAGGUCCAGUGGAAAGAAUUUGACAGCAUGUCCCACUGAUUGGAAGUUGUUCAAUGGUCGCUGUUUCCUUUUUAAUCCAUUACAAUUGCAUUGGGCUCACGCUCAGGAAAGCUGUAUGAAGGAGGGGGCAAACCUUGCAUCCAUACACAGCGUUGAAGAGUAUGCGUUUGUUUAGAAGCUGACAACUGUAGGCUUAAUACCAUCAUGGCUUGGAGGCCACGAUUGCCAAGUGUUAACCCAUUGGUUUUGGAAGGAUAAUACCCGUUGGGAUUUUACUGACUGGUGCUAUGCACAACCUGAUACUACCUUAACUGAGUGCUGCCUACAGAUGAAUGUUGGAGUUGGAAAAUGCUGGGAUGACACACCUUGUCUACAUCUUCAUACAUCAAUCUGCGCCAAGCCAGCGAUGAUUCCUGAGCUGACACAGAGGCAUCCACCACCAUCAAUCAUGUGAUUGUGUGUAUGUUUGCAUACUCUUCUGUGUUUUUCAUGUAUC